CGCGGGGGAGGACUUCCUGGACAGUAUCAAUUAAAUUAGCUUCCACUUCAAUAGUUGACUCGUCAAAAUGUACGUAAUAAGUUUGUUUGUGUUAAUUAGCCCAAUUUUCAGUUUGGAAAUUUGGGAGAAGAACGAAAACUGUCCAUUUUCGUGCACUUGCAAGCUGGAGCAUUUGACCGAAACCGCGAUUUACCGCUUCAUGCACACCAGCAAGAAGAAGCAAAGCUCGCACGAAGUCAACUCGGUGGAAUUCAACGACGUGCUUUAUGACGAUAACUUGGAGUCGGAACUGCUCGACGACAAACCGAUCGUGCGUUCCGCAAUUUGCAUUUUGCAAUCGGAGGUUGAACCCUUGGACCUGAUCGCAAAACUCCCCCCCGACUUGGAGACUUUAACCCUGAUCCAAGGCUUCAACACGGGCAGUAAAACAAUCAAGUUCAGUUAUUUGAGCAAAUUCAAACACUUGCUCAGUUUGGAGCUGCUCGGGCCCAACCUACUUAACAAAAUGACAAACACUAGUCUAAUCAGCGAAAUCGAUUCGCCCCUCCCCGACCUGAAAUACAUGAACCUCGAGAACAUCCAAAUCAAAAACUCGAAAUUGCAAAUUCAAAACUUCGUCAAAGAAUUCAACGACGUGCAGACGUUCGAAUACGUGCAGAAAGUCGACUCGAAGGGACACCCCCUCACGAUGGUGCAGCAAGGCACCAACGAGGAAAUCCUCCCCUAUGAGAAAUACAAACUGCAGGAUGACGAAAACAAAGUCCCGCUUUUUAUCGGCUUUAAGAACCUGCACUUGCUGAGGAUCACGCACUGCGAGCUCAACAACGUCCACUGGGCCAUGUUUGACGGUUUGAACAACUUACAAUACCUAAUUUUGGAUAAAAACAAUCUCAGGUUUAUUCCCCCCUUUGCGUUUUAUGGCACGCCAAACUUAAAAACGUUGUCGCUUGCGCGCAACAACUUGCUCGAUAUUCAAAUAACGGACCUGGCGGGGCUUCUGGAGUUGGAGUUUUUGGAUUUAUCGCAUAACAACUUCUCGCAAUUGUCGGAACUGUCGUUCCCUCCGUUCCCCAAAUUAAAACUCGCCGAUUUUGGUAAUAACCCGAUUACGGUCAUUUUCCCCAACACUUUCGAAGUCAUGAAUACGACGGAUUCGCUCAUAAUUGGUAGCGACGAUGUUAAUUUAUCGCUGAUGACAAACUCGUUUUUGGGGCUAAACCUCCUCAAAGCUUUGACUUUGAAUAAUCUAAACAUCCGGCGGCUUAAACGCGACUUAUUCGUCGGAAUGCCAAGUCUGAACGACCUGACUUUGACGGGCAACAUCACCGAGAUAGAAUUUGACACGUUUUUGGACGUUUACAAGUUGAAAAAAUUAAUUUUGAGCAACUGUAAACUACGGAAUGUCUCAAUGGAUGCGUUCAUCGGUUUAGAAAAUUUGGAAAUUUUGGACUUGUCGAAAAACGAACUAGAGCAUUUACCACCGGGCGUUUUCGACCAGUUAAUAAACAUCAAAGAAAUUUACUUGAACGGGAAUAAAUUAGGCAAAUUGCCGCAAAACAUCUUCGCGAAAAUUCACCCGAAAAUGAUCCGUUUGAACGACAAUCCCUGGCACUGUUCCUGCGAAAUGAGCGAAUGGAAACCAAUGAUAAUCAACCGAAUUAAACAAAAAAUUGUAAAAACGUGCGACUUCACGCAUGAUAAAGGCGUCGGGUGUCCUCAAGACAACCGAUUUACUUUUAAAUACGUUUACGACAACAAGGUGAGCCCUAAAUGUGCGCACCCCAAACAAUAUAUCAACUGGAGUGUUUUCCACGCCAUGAAACGUUUACUAAAAUGUCGCGAAUACAAACCAAAAAUCAGAAAACACGAACUGUUACGUAACAAAAUCCUCAAACAUGGCUCGCAUAACCCAAGUGUGAGCAACGAAAGCAAUGACUUGAACGUCUUACCGCCGAAAUUGCGCAAGCUUCGGAAGCCGAAAAAACACCACCAGAUGGACAACAACAUUUUAAUUUGAGACACCACUUUAAUCGCAUUAAUUAUGUAACUUUACCGCCUUUUGUAAUUUUCGAAUAAAACCCUUACCUCGAA